UGAGGAUGGUGCGGUUGGGCAACCCGAACUGUUCCCUGUACUCUGAGCUCUAACAUUAGCUAGCAGUGCUAACACACAGCCAGGCGACUGAUUCCUAACAAACUAGUUUCUCUAGUUCGGUCAGGCUUUAAUCCAGAUCGACGGUACGGUCACAAAUACUGUUUCUUUUUUUAAUCGCACGAAUACUGUCUAUGCGUUUAAAACAAUGUCUUUUACAAUGGCAGCAGGGAGAUUAGUCGGUUUGAGUCUUUCGCGGACCUCCUGGAUACUUUCAAGGGGUGCCAAUACUUCAUCGAAAACUUUGGCAUCGCCGAACAAACUAUCUGACCCAAAUAACGACCUCAUUCGUAAAAGAGACAUAACAUCCUGCAGUGUCGUGCAGCCUCUCAGGUCGGAAAACAAGGUGACUGUUAAUUUCAUCAAUCGUGAUGGAGAAAAGAUUACAGUCAAGGCUUCCCCUGGUGACACAAUAUUAGACGUAGUUGUUCAACAAGACCUUGACAUUGAUGGUUAUGGAGCAUGUGAGGGAACUCUAGCUUGCUCCACGUGUCAUGUCAUUUUUGAAGAGGAGACAUAUAAACAGCUUGGACCAAUUAGUGAUGAGGAAAUGGAUAUGCUGGAUCUUGCCUAUGGUCUCACAGAUACGUCUCGUCUGGGUUGUCAGAUCUGCCUGACAAAAUCUCUGGAUGGCAUGACCGUGCGCGUUCCAGAGAGCUCGGCGGACAUCAGACAGUCAGAUGGCUCUGCGUAGUUUCUUUAGCCACUUCGUGCCUGUCUACCUACCAUAAACCAAUGUAAAUUGAUCAUGAGAAAAGGCAAACCUUUUGUGUGAUUGUAUUGAUUGAAGAGCAUGAUUGUAUUUAGAAAGGUAUUAUGAUGUUAGGAAUCAUGGUUUUGUCCAGUCCCUUUAUGGCUACAGUACUGGGUUGUAGUUUAACAGCUCGCUUGUACAGCUACAUGGAGGUUGUGAUCAGUUUAUCAGCACAUUUCUGAAAAUAACAAUGGAUCAUAAAAAUGGGCCAUAAAUUCUGUGAAAGUUUCAUAUAUUGAUUAUAAGUAGUUAACACAGAAUUCACAACAAACUGCAAAGAAACAUAUUUUUAAGAUGGAAAAAAAUGAGAAAUGUUAGUAUGGUAGGCUGUAAGUGCAAAACACAUGAACAAAUAGACAAAACUGUGGAAAAUGGAGAACUGGAGCAUGUUUACAGUAAGAGGAAAUAUGAGCCUAAACAAGUAAUGUUUUUAUUUGUGCUUCAUUUGAACAUUCAUAUGAUGCUACUUUAGAUCAGCUGUAAAUUUUGCAUGACAUUAGUAUGAGUAUGUGAAUGCUGAAAAGCAUCCAAAGGAAGCUGAGUUAGUUAUUCAAAAUAAUUACUCCUUACAAUAACAAUGAUAUUCUAAUUAUUUCUAGAAUAACAUGACACUUUGCAUUAAAUUGCUCUUGCUAGGUUAAGUAGAUAAUAGCCAAUAAUGUUCCCUUGUGAUAUUCAAAGGCCGUGUCCAAUCACCAACGGGCGUGUGAUGCUUAAUAAUGACCUUUCUGUUUUGAGUGUAUGUUGACUUGUUUCUGAUUUUGCUGUUGAAUUUAUUUGGUUUUGUUCAUGUGUUUUUCACUUACAUGCCACUGUGGUUUAGAGAUUUCAAGCUUGAGGUCUUGCCCAGUAUGCAAUGGAUUUUCUCAUACUAAUACUUUGGACAUUGAUUUUAUAUUCUUUAUAGUGUAUUAAACAAUUAGUGCCUCAUUAAUCCAAACAGUACUGAUUCAAAAUCUUUGAAAUAAUAAUAUAUGAAACUUGUAAGCUAUGUUUUAAUUAAAUAUUAAAUAAA